AUGUCAAUGGUCAAAAGAAUUGUUAGACCAAUUUUUAUGAAAAAAUAUACAAAGUCAAGGUUAUAUUGCGAAUCUAUUAUCGAUUUCCUAUUAUAUUAUUUAAUUAAUGGAGGAAAGUUAAUUGUCCACUCAAACACUUUUAAAUGUUCAAUUUCAACACUCUCUAGAUAUAAAAGAGAUGGAAUUCCUAUAAUGUGUGAAGCUUUAAGAUUUGUAAUUCCAACAUGGAAACCUGAACCGAAUACCAUUUAUGCAAUUGAUUGCACUACUUCUCCAAUAUGUAGACCCCACCCGGGACAAAGAGAGUUUUAUAGGGGAGACCAAGGUUAUCACUUUUUAGGUGUUCAAUUAAUAGUUGACAUUACCAAAUUUUUAAUUGUUGAUGUAAUAAUUGGCAAGGGUAGAAAUAAUGAUUCAGGUUUGGCAAAUAUUUCAGGUACAACAGAUUUGGUGUUAAAAAAUAAAUUGGUCAUUCUUGCAGAUAGAGGAUACUCUAAAAAUAAAUUCGUUACUCCCAAUAGUCUUGAUUUAAUAGAAGGUGAACCAACAGAAGAACUUGUAACCGAAUUUAGAGAUUUUGUUUCCAAAAAUAGAUCAUGUGUCGAAAAUGCAAACCAAAGAUUCAAGUCUCUGGAUUUAUUCAACAAACCUAUAAAAUCUCGUCCAAUUUCUCAUGCCUAUACAACUUUGUUGGGGGUAUAUUGCAAAUAUUAA